AACGAAUUGGCCAUGUUGAUAGCAAGGUUGUACACCGGGUGCCAUGACAUAAUAUCUCUCCUCAUCAUCACCCUCUCACCAUUCAUUUCCCUAUAUAAGACUUUCCUAUUCCUCCUUCUUCCUCAUUCUCCAUUUCCACACUCUCUCAUCCGAUUCGGGUCGGGUUUGUGUUAUCGGAACCUUCACCGGAAAAUUCUCAGUCGACGUAGCGAAAAUGGCGGUAUCCCUAACGACGAGGCUCGUGCGGCGGCGAUCGCCACCGCUUCUCUGGCGGCGCAGCUUUUCUAUGUCGGCAGUGGACGCCGAAAAGGAAGUCGUGGUCGUGCCGGAGCUUCCACCGUUCGAUUACUCCCCGCCGCCAUAUGCGGGCCCCACCGCUGAGGAGAUUCUGGCGAAGCGCAGGGAGUAUCUUAGUCCUUCCAUCUUGCAUUCAUACAAGAACCCUGUGAACAUAGUGGAGGGUAAGAAACAGUACCUGUUCGACGAGAAGGGGAGAAGGUACGUGGAUGCAUUCGGAGGGAUUGCUACGGUGUGCUGCGGGCACUGUCACCAUGAUGUGGUGGAGGCCAUAGUCAACCAAACCAAGAAGUUGCAGCACUCCACUGUUCUCUACCUUAACCACGCCAUCACCGAUUUCGCUCAAGCUUUGGCCUCAAAACUUCCCAGUGAUCUCAAGGUGGUGUUUUUCACAAACUCUGGAACAGAAGCAAACGAAUUGGCCAUGUUGAUAGCAAGGUUGUACACCGGGUGCCAUGACAUAAUAUCUCUAAGGAAUGCUUACCAUGGUAAUGCAACUGGGACAAUGGCAGCCACUGCUCAAAGCAUCUGGAAAUUUAAUGUAGUGCAGAGUGGCGUUCAUCAUGCAGUAAAUCCAGACCCUUAUAGAGGCAUUUUCGGUUCUGAUGGAGAGAAGUAUGCAAGAGAUGUCCAAGAUAUCCUUAACUUUGGAACUUCUGGAAAUGUUGCAGCCUUCAUAUCUGAAGCCAUACAGGGAGUGGGGGGUAUCAUUGAAUUGGCUCCUGGUUACUUGCCAGUUGUGUACAAUACCAUUAAAAAAGCAGGAGGACUUUUUAUUGCUGAUGAGGUUCAGGCUGGCUUUGGUCGCACUGGUAGCCAUUUCUGGGGAUUUGAGGCCCACAAUGUUGUUCCUGACAUAGUCACAAUAGCUAAGGGCAUUGGAAAUGGCAUUCCCCUUGGUGCUGUUGUAACUACUCCAGAGAUUGCAGAGGUCUUAACCCGCCGGAGUUACUUUAACACCUUUGGUGGCAACCCUGUUUGCACUGCUGCAGGGUUGGCUGUUUUGAAAGUAAUAGAGAAAGAGCAGCUUCAACAGAACGCGUUUGUGGUUGGAUCCCAUUUGAAAGAAAGGCUCACUGCCCUCAAGGACAAAUAUGAAUUAAUUGGUGACGUCAGAGGAAGAGGCCUAAUGCUAGGAGUUGAACUUGUCACUGAUCGUGAACUUAAAACUCCAGCAAAAAAUGAAACAUUGCAUGUAAUGGACCAAAUGAAAGAACUAGGAGUACUUAUUGGUAAGGGUGGUUACUAUGGAAAUGUCUUCAGAAUUACACCUCCCUUGUGUUUCACCAAAGAAGAUGCAGACUUUGUAGCAGACGCAAUGGACUUGACCUUGUCUAGAAUGUGAAGCUUAUAGCCAAGAUCCUGGCUUUAAUAAAAGUUUAUUAUAUCAUAAGAGAAAUUGUAUUAUGUCAUGUUCAUAACUGGUAAAAUUUACAUAGAUGCAGACUUUUAUAGCUAAACACGAAUCUACUAUGAUCGUGGGAUAUGCAUGAGCCAACAAGUCGUUGUCUCUUGUUUUGUUGUUUAUCUCUUUUCAUGGCAUUUUAUUUGCUUAAUAUCGUUUUCA